AUGGCGUUGAUCCAGGCGAAAGCCUUCACCGGCGCUCUUGUCGGUGGUAGUGGUGGCGGCGCCCUUGCGGCGUCUUUCUUCCCGUUGGGGCAUCACUACAGAGCACCGUGUCCUGAAGCAUGGGUUCUCGGGCUGCUCUGCGCCUUCUCCUCCCGCGGCAAGACCGCCAGGGCAUCCUCCUCGUCCUCGUCCUCCAAGGUGAGGUUCACCGUUCCGCAAAAAUUCUUCUUGCACUUUUACGUGGUGGGUGUGGUUGUGACGACAACCUUGCUACUUGCAAUAUGGUUUUAUGCAUACAUGAAAAUGACACCAUUGGUGCCGGAGCCAUCGAGUUACUCCACAAUUGCUAGCCAUCUUGUUGGAAGUUCCGAUUCAUUCUCUUUGUCAAGUUUCUGGUCAUCACGCCCCAGGGAACAUAAGUAUCGUGUCUACAUUUCCACCAUCUCGACCCUACAGAGACGCCUGUAUGAGACUGAACAUGUGUUCCACUACAGCCCAUCGGCUCGGAUGCACAUCAUGGGAUAUCUGACAGGUCUUUUGUAA